AUGGAAGCGCCGAGCUGCAUCCAGGACGAGCCUUUCGUUCACCCCCUAGGACCCGAGCCCCAGCCUGAGCCGGCUCCAGAGGCAACAACGGUUGCUGCAGGGGGGGCUCCAUCCCAGCCCGGACCGGGCAAGCCAGGGGAGAAGCGCUUUAGACUGUGGUACGUGGGUUGGUCGUGCCUGGACCGAAGGACCACGCUACCUAUGCUGCCCUGGCUGAUGGCGGAGAUCCGCCGUCGGAGCCAGAAGCCGGAGCCCGGCACGGCUCGAGAGGUGCUACUGCUUCUGAGCUCCCCGUACCUCCGCUGCGUCCCCGCCCCCUCGGGCAAUAGUGGGGGUUCGGGGGGCAGCCCUUCCGCCCCCGGCCCACUACCCAACCCGUCCGUAUUCAUUUUCGAACAUAAGGCGCAGCACAUCUCUCGCUUCAUCCACAACAGCCAUGACCUUACCUACUUUGCCUAUUUGAUCAAAGCCCAGCCAGAUAACCCAGAGUCCCAGAUGGCCUGUCACGUUUUUCGGGCCACCGACCCCAACCAGGUUCCUGAUGUUAUUAGUAGUAUAAGGCAAGUAUCUAAAGCAGCCCUGAAAGAGGAUGCCAAACCUAAUAAAGAUAAUGAGGAUGCCUUUUACAACUCUCAGAAGUUCGAAGUGCUUUAUUGUGGGAAGGUAACUGUGACCCAUAAAAAGGCCCCAUCCACUCUAAUUGAUGACUGCAUUGAAAAGUUCAGCCUACACGAACGCCAGCGUCUGCGGCUCUUGAGUGAGCAGCGCAGUUCUGAUUCCAGUAAUGACCUUACAGUCUUUGAGACAGAAACACCCAUUUCACCAGUAGAUGGCCAGUUGGAGGAACUUGAUGAGAUAACCUCUCCUACCUCGGGCCUAACAGUGGUGGUGGGACAGACCAGUUUGUCCGGGUCUCACGUUUGCUUCCCUGAACGGAUUUUGGAAGAUUCUGGUUUUGAUGAACAACAAGAAUUUCGGUCUCGAUGUAGCAGUGUGACUGCAGUUCCACAAAGGAAGGUGCACGAUGGCCCCCUAAAAGCACAACCACGUAGAAGACAUGCGAGUGCCCCAAGUCAUGUCCAGCCUUCUGAUUCAGAGAAGAAUAGAACGAUGCUGUUCCAGGUUGGGCGAUUUGAAAUUAAUCUAAUCAGCCCAGAUUCCAAGUCAGUUGUUCUUGAAAAGAAUUUUAAAGAUAUAUCUUCUUGUUCUCAGGGUAUAAAGCAUGUUGAUCACUUUGGAUUUAUCUGUCGGGAAUCUCCAGAACCUGGGUUGAGUCAGUAUAUUUGUUAUGUGUUCCAAUGUGCAAGUGAAUCUUUGGUUGAUGAGGUAAUGCUCACCCUGAAACAAGCCUUCAGCACAGCUGCUGCCCUUCAGAGUGCCAAAACCCAGAUUAAGUUGUGUGAAGCCUGUCCAAUGCACUCUUUGCACAAACUCUGUGAAAGAAUUGAAGGCCUUUAUCCACCAAGAGCCAAACUAGUAAUACAGAGACAUCUCUCAUCAUUGACAGAUAAUGAACAAGCGGACAUUUUUGAGCGUGUUCAGAAAAUGAAGCCAGUAAAUGACCAAGAAGAAAAUGAGCUUGUGAUUUUGCAUUUGAGGCAGCUGUGUGAAACCAAACAAAAGACCCAUGUUCACAUUGGAGAAACUCAGUCGACUCUUUCUAAUAAUACAGUUCCUGAAAAUGUGGGUAGCAGUGGCAGGUUCAAACUUGACAUUUUGAAAAACAAAGCCAAGAGAUCCUUGACUAGCUCUCUGGAAAAUAUCUUCUCAAGGGGAGCUAACAGAAUGAGAGGUCGUCUGGGAAGCAUGGACAGCUUUGAAAGGGCCAAUAGUAUUGCUUCGGAGAAGGACUAUUCACCAGGUGACUCUCCACCAGGCACCCCGCCAGCCUCUCCCCUCUACUCAACCUGGCAGACAUUCCCUGAAGAGGACUCGGACUCCCCCCAGUUUCGAAGGCGGGCACACACAUUCAGCCAUCCCCCCUCAAGUACAAAGAGAAAGAUCACUUUACAGGAUGGGCGAUCUCAUGGGGUUCGGUCUCCUCUCCUGAGACAGAGUUCCAUUGAGCAGUGCAGCGUUCUUCCAUCAGGUCGACGCAUUCACAAGGAGAGUAAAUCUUCUUCCUCCAGCCUUCCAAGUCUUCAUACUUCCUUCUCUGCCCCUUCCUUCUCUGCCCCCUCUUUCCUGAAAAGCUUUUACCAGAGUUCAGGUAGACUGUCCCCACAGUAUGAAAAUGAAAUAAGAAUGAAAGACUCUGCUUCAGAAUCAAGUGAUGGGGAGGGAAGGAAAAGGACUUCAUCGACCUGUAGCAGUGACUCCCUAAAUGUUGGAGGAAUCCCUAUCACUCCUCGACGUGUCUCUUGGAGGCAGCGCAUUUUCCUUCGUGUAGCUUCACCUAUGAACAAAUCCCCCUCAGCAAUGCAGCAUCAAGAUGGACUCGACAGAAACGAGCUACUUCCUUUGUCUCCUCUUGCCCCAACCAUGGAAGAAGACCCUCUUGUUUUGUUCUUGCCUGGUGAGGAUGAACCAGAGAAGGUUGGAGGGAGAAGAAAAUCUGAAGAACUGCGGAGUUUGUGGAAAAAAGCGAUCCACCAACAGAUUUUGUUGCUUCGAAUGGAAAAAGAAAACCAGAAACUGGAAGAAGCAAGCCGAGAUGAACUCCAGUCCAGAAAAGUUAAAUUAGACUAUGAAGAAGUUGGUGUAUGCCAAAAGGAAACCUUAUUAGCCUGGGAUAAGAAGUUAUUAAACUACAGAACUAAAAUCAGAUGUGAUAUGGAAGAUAUUCAUAUUACACUUAAAGAAGGAGUGCCCAAAAGUCGCCGAGGAGAAAUUUGGCAGUUUUUAGCUCUACAGUAUCGUCUGAGACACCGUUUGCCAAGUAAACAACAACCUCCUGACAUUUCCUAUAAAGAGCUUUUGAAGCAGCUCACAGCUCAGCAACAUGCUAUCCUUGUAGAUUUAGGAAGGACCUUUCCCACUCAUCCUUACUUUUCUGUACAGCUGGGAUCUGGACAGUUAUCCCUCUUUAACCUUUUGAAAGCCUAUUCUUUGCUGGAUAAAGAAGUGGGUUACUGCCAGGGGAUUAGUUUUGUGGCUGGAGUACUGCUUCUGCAUAUGAGUGAGGAGCAAGCUUUUGAAAUGCUCAAGUUCCUCAUGUAUGAUCUUGGCUUCCGGAAGCAGUACAGACCGGACAUGAUGUCACUACAGAUUCAGAUGUAUCAGCUCUCAAGGCUUCUUCAUGACUAUCAUCGAGAUCUCUACAAUCACCUUGAAGAGAAUGAAAUCAGUCCCAGUCUUUAUGCUGCCCCCUGGUUCCUAACAUUGUUUGCUUCCCAAUUUCCACUAGGAUUUGUAGCCAGAGUUUUUGAUAUUAUUUUUCUUCAGGGAACUGAUGUUAUAUUUAAGGUGGCACUCAGUCUACUAAGCAGCCAAGAAGCUCUUAUAAUGGAGUGUGAAAAUUUUGAAAAUAUAGUGGAAUUUCUUAAAAACACUAUACCAGAUAUGAAUACAUCUGAAAUGGAGAAAAUAAUUACCCAGGUUUUUGAGAUGGACAUUUCAAAGCAGCUUCAUGCAUAUGAGGUUGAAUAUCACGUGCUCCAAGAUGAACUUCAGGAGUCUACCCAUUCCUGUGAUGAGAGCGAGCCCCUGGAAAAGCUAGAGAAGGCCAAUAACCAGCUGAAGAGACAGAACAUGGACUUGUUGGAAAAAUUACAGGUGGCUCAUGCUAAAAUCCAGAGUUUAGAAUCCAGCCUUGAAAAUCUUUUGACUCGAGAGACCAAAAUGAAGUCCUUAAUCCGAUCCCUGGAACAGGAGAAAUUGACCUACCAAAAGACAGUGGAACAAAUCAGGAAGCACUUGCCAGCAGAUGCCCUUGCAGACUGUGAACUGCUGCUGAGGGAAGUAAACUGUAACCCAAAUAAUAAAGCAAGAACAGGAAAUAAGCCAUAAUUUAAGAAGUGCCGCCUCAGCCAGCAGCACAGUUUAAUAUACUGAGGAAAAGGAGUCAUAUGCAUACUGCUGGACAGUCUCAGGAGACUCAGUGGAAUGGAAUCACCUAAAACAAGUUUGGAAUCUCCAGUAGUAUCAGGUGGGCCUUUAAUCCCAAACUGCAAAUCCUAAGCUAUUAAAAGCAUACAUACAUAUUAGGGGUUUUGUUGCUAUUGUCGAUUGUGUACAUAAACAUAAAGGGAAAUUUAGGAAAAAUU